UCCGGUCCAACCCCUCCACCCACUCACAUCCGGGCAUCCAACACAUCCGUUUCAUUCAUCCACCCAAUCAGCCCACAGCCGCAUCACACAACGCGACAUACUACCAUGUCCGACUUCGGCAUGAAACGCGAGCACCGCGACCUCAUUAUUUCCCGCUUUAGCACGCUCGUCAAAGAGCUCAAGAUCGCCUCACUCCUUCCCUACUUCACCGACGGAAAGUGUCGCUUCGGACUCGACGAUUUCGAGCUCAUCCGCAGCCGUCCGACUUCCUACGAGCAGUCGGAGUGUUUCCUUGAUAUGUUGCUAAGGAGUGGGCCGCAUGCGUAUGAUACACUGAUGGCUGCGCUUGAUCGGGAGCAGCCGAGGUUGAAGAAGAUUUUGUUGGGGGAGAAUGAAGUGCGACUGCCGAAUGGAGAUCAUGAAGAGGCUGAUGCAGAGAGUCUGACGUUUGAACGUCGUGGGUGUGACGAGUUUUCCGUUUACCACUUCCUGGAAGGGAUUGGAUUGAAGGAGUUGUCUUUCAUCUUCUCGAAAAACAACCUCACAAUGACACAGCUGAUAACCAAAACAGAGAACGACUUCAUCGAGAUCGGCAUUCGUAAACAAAACGACCGACAAUUGCUACUCGACGCUCUCAAGAAAUACCGGAAAGGUUACCUCCGUCGCAAACGCGUCCCACCACCACCACCCAGCAUCACAAAUGAAACCAACACACAAAGCAAUGGCACUGAAGUCAUAAGAGAGAGCAGCCAGGUGACCAAAGCUGUGCAUGUGGGAGAACCCGGAAGUGUCGUACGUCACCAGAUUGCUGAUUCUUGGGGGUUGGUGUUACACGGUGGGAAUGGCAUCGACGUGCAGAUGUUGAGGAGACUGAGAGGGAAGUCACGGCAGGGAAUGUGUAAUGUGAUUAAAGAGUUCAUUACUGAUGCAACAGAGCUUGUGAACAAGAACGAGUUAGAGAGAGCGUAUCACUGUCUACAUCAAUGUUUCACUCAGGCGCAGGACUUGACUCCACCAGCUAUGAAUCUUGCAGCCAGCAGUAUGUCACACAUGGGCGCGAUUCAUUGUUUGCAUAAUGAGUUGGAGAAGGCGGAGAAUUGUUUUAAGGAAGCGUUGACGCUUUAUCGAAAAGCGUACAGCACUAUGGAUCAUGAGGAUAUCUCACUGACUCUGCACAAUCUCUCUCAGAUCUGCAUUGAUCAAGGAGACCUCGAAGGUGCAGCGUAUUGGAUGGAAGAGCACGUCAACAUGCAGAGAAGAAUGAACUCACACAAACUAUCUCAACUCAUUCCAGAUUUGCUCAGUUUACGAUCGGUGUAUCAGCGACAGGGUCUCAUCGGUGACGAGCUGUGCAUCAUGGAAGAGGUUCUUCAGAUACAACAGGAAAACCUUCCACCCGUACAUCCUGACACUGCAAAGACAUUGAAUGAGCUUGGUGCAUUGUUCGUGUACAAGGGAAACAAGAAAAGUGCUCUAGAGAAGUUCAACCAGUGUUACGAUAUGGCGGCACAAUUGAAAGACGAAGAGUUAAAAACAACGGCUUGGGAAAAUAUUGGAGUCGCUGCAUGCCAACUUGGAGACGGUGACGAGGUGUCGUCUCCAUCAUCAUUCAAUCCUCGUCGAUCAUUGAGGAGGGAAUCAUCACUACUUGUUCCUACAGUCCCACCAAGACAAUCUCGCACUCUGCCUAACCCUUCAGUUUCCGAAGCAUCUUCUGGAGACAAGUCAGAUGACAUCAAAGAAAGAUCAAGCAGCGGAAGCUUUUGCCAAGGAAUGAACAGAAACAACGGGAAUCAACUUGCGAAAGCUUGGUCAUUGGACUCUGUAAAUUUGAAAGAUAAAUAUGUGUCUGAAGGUUUUGCUGUGUCCAAGUUUUCGAGGGACAAUUGCAGAUUCUCAGCACCAUGCAUGAAACAUCGGGCAAUACCAGCGCGUCCACCUAAACCAAAACAUAUGACGGGUUUUGGUCAGACGAGCAGUGACGAGUUUCUCGAUCCUCGUAAUUCAUCUGAUUCUGAUAUUUUACUGCAGCGUCUUGCAGAUCAAGAAAUUCGAUCCGGAACAAUACGCAAACAACAACUCCUCACAAGAACUGCACUAAGUGAACGACAUCGAGGCGACUUCAUGGAUCCCGUGUCUCAACAGCAACGAGACGUUCUGAUCAAAAUCCUUAAAAAUGCCGACAAUGACGAGACCCAGCGGAGACUUUUCUUUAUUGAAGCGAAGAUCUUGGUUCAACUGAAGCAUCCGAAUGUCGUCACUCUGUUUGGCAUCGUCACGACAGGAGCCGAACCGAUGAUUGUUACGCAGUAUUUUAAGCAUGGAUCUGUAUACAAGUUUUUUCAGAAACAAUGCAAUUCCGGUCGCAGCUUCUACCUCAAUCAACUCCUCCACAUGCUAAUGGACAUCUGUUCCGCCAUGAAAUAUCUCUCACAGAUCUCAUGCAUCAUUCGAGUAAUCUCAUCACGCACUGUGUAUGUCACCGAAGACGAACGCUGCAGGAUCACAGACUUUGGAUUUGCUCGUAAGGCAGUUGACGAGCUCUACAGCUCAUCGCAUAUGCGAGCUGUUCCUCUCCAGUGGACGCCGCCCGAGAGUUUUCCUCCUUAUUUGGAUUGUUCGGUGAAGUCUGAUGUGUGGAGCUUUGGAGUGUUUAUGUGGGAGGUGCUGUCAUUGUGUCAGAGUGUUCCGUACUUUAAUAUACCACAGGAGCCGACGUUUGUACAGCAGCUUAAUGAUGGGUUGAGACCGGCAGUGUUCAAGCCUUGUAAAUCAGAACUUCGUGUUCUGAUGGAAAAGUGUUGGCGAAAGGACACAAAGGACCGUCCAUCCUUCCUACAGAUCGAAAGUUGCCUGCUUGACGAGUCUCGCCAGGCCGACCGCAACAACAUGAAAGUCGGUCCGAAGAUCGAAUUCUUUCCUCAUCAUCACUUCAUCGAGACCAAACUGCCAGGUUUACCAGAGUUGUAGGUACAGGUAGAGUGAUUGCAUGCUGCGUGGGCGUGGUCAUAUGGUACUUGCUGUAGUAUACUUGCAGCUGGUGAUGCAUGUAUGCAGUAUAUAUAUAUGCGGAUGAUUGAGGACACUUAAUUGUAUUAUCUUUGUAGUUAAUCUUGCGUAGCCGUUUUCGUUUGAAAAGGGAAAUUGUGAGAAGGAAAAUUCUGGCCAUGCGAGGCUAGUGUUGGGCAUGCGCUGU